GUGAAAAAUCGUUCCGUUAAAAUCUGCUGGCUCUUUGUUUGGAUCGUCGGCAGUUAAUUAAUUAUUUAAUUAAUUAACUAAUUAAUUGCUUGAUCGACUAACUUAAUUUAUCGUUUUAGUCGAAAAAGUAGCGUUUUGUUGUGUCGUGAAGUUCGAGUUCCGACUUUUGAUCUGUUAAUUCCUCUCUUUGAGGUUUCUUCUAGUGGGUUGACUAGAUUUUCGGUGGAGAAUUAACUGUCGAUUCAACAAAAUGUUAGGCAAGCGUGACCAACCCCCUGCGAAAGUCUGUCCUCCGAGUGAAGAAGUCGUGUCGCCGGACGCGCCCACUUUCAAGGCUCGACCUGUACCUCGAUACAUCCGCCCCGUGAACAACACGCGGUAUUGGUCAACAAAAGAUUGGGAGGAGUCUGGCGCUGGCGCCGCGUUUCCGUCGCCGGCACCUCCUCCGCCACCUGAACCGAGUUCACCUCGUGACACCAGUCAGGACGAUUGGGGGUGGUUGGACCCAGUGGAGAUCCCACCAUACGUCUACUCCCCCCAAUGGCACCGCGACCUUCCCCACCUCCUCACCAACCCUCCGAAAAAUCCCAUCGAUCCCGUCACCAUGUGGAAAAUUGACUUAUCAUCCCCCUCCGACGACGAAGAGGAGUAUUACCUCCGUGGUGGCGACGUUUCCGGCGUGCCUGCCACCAAACCACCGUCCGCCCUGCUCACCUCGCGACGCCCGAACUAUCCGAAUCUCAAACCCAUUAAGAAAUUCGUCGGCGAGUUGCCAAAUCCGCUCAUGGAUCGAAACAUCUGGGCACCCGACCGGCACGCGAAAAACAACACGGAGGCUUUCAAAAGGAAGGAGAUGAUUGAACGUAUCCUCGCAAAUGGGGAAGAUUUGAAGCCUGACGAUGGUGUCGGCAUUCCGUACGAUUAUUCAAAAUAUCCGGAAAGGUGGGAUCGCCGUAGAGGGCUAGAUUUGACCUCGUUUAUUCCCCCGUUACCGUCAGAUGAUGAGGUCAGAGAGGCAAGGCGGAAGAAAGCUGAAGAGGAGAGGAGGCUCAAGAUCGGACGGGGUGAGGAGGUCGAUAAGGAAGAUGAUGAAGAGGAAGAGGAGGAGGAAGAUGAAGAUGGAGAAGAGGGCGACGUCGACGGAGAGGGCGAAACGGAUAACGCCGAUGUUGGCGAAGGAGUCGUCGAAACGGAUAACGCCGAUGUUGGCGAAGGAGUCGUCGAAACGGAUAACGUCGAUGUCGGCGAUGACGACGUGGUCGAAACGGAGAACAUCGAUAAGCAAGAUGACAACGCCGAAGAAAAAGUGGUGGUGGAAAGUAACGAUGAUGCCAAGCUCAACUCGGAUGAUGAUCCAAAAGAAGAUAUCGAGCCGCCGCCCUGCAAUGCUGACCUUGACCUCAAACUGGAUUCAGCUCGUUACGAGAAAGAAAACCAAGUUAAACCGGGAUUUGAAGAAGAACCGUGUCCAAAAUUAUCGCCGGAUGUCCCAUUUCCAGCGAAAUUGCUCGGAUUUAUUGAUAGAGGCUAUUGUCUCGUCGAGUUCAGAGAUCAAGCAACAAUUGCUCAAUACAAGCUUCUCCAAGAAAGCAUUUUCUCACUCUUUGGCUCCAACGAGGGCGAAGACAGUUUAAAUUGUGUCGACUUUUCGAUCCCUCGCGAUUCGAUAAGCGAGAACAUGUUGGUUUGCGCCAAGUGGCCGAGGGCAGACGGAGCCAUCGUGCGGGCACGAAUUAUCAAGAUCAAAGACGACAAAGGAGUCGCGCUUUGCAAGGACAUGGAUUCCUGGGAGUAUGACGACGUCCCUUUCGACCAACUCUUUCACAUUCCACCCAUGUUCAUGGAUGCUCCGUUUUUGAUGCAUCGCUGUCGCCUCAAAGGGAUCGAAUUUUUCUGCUACGGGAACAUAUUGAAGGAACUCGCCCCACUUUUGCCUUCUCUGCAUAGCAAAGUCACAAUCACGUCGUACCACACGGCGGCCGAUGGAAUUCCCGUCGUUGGAAUGGAUGUCAAGAUCCGAGAGUGUUUGAACCCGUUGCUCGCCAGCAAAGGAAGUACCAUCACACUCAGCAGACUCUUUUCCGACGCGAUUGCUGGAUUUACCCGAUUGCCGAAUAAAUUUGUAAAGGGCUCUGUUAUCAAAUGGUGUCACGUUUCUCACGUUGGUGCGACCGGUGGUCAUGCCGCGAUCUCAUUGCAGUCAGCGUUGGCCCAACGAUUGACAAAUAUUGGGCCAAAUCCGCCCCGAAUAAAGACCUCGAAGGAGUUCAAUUCAACCCUUAAGGAGGGAAGCCUUAUCAGGCGAAUGUCGGAUUUUGAACAUGCCUACUUCAACUUAUGCCAGAACAUCUUCCUCGCCCACUACUACGACGAUAAAGCCUUCUACAGGGUUAAGGUUGACGAAAGGAACUACAAGAUGGGAAGUAAAAUGAUCCGUGUCCUCUACAUCGAUUUUGGGAAUACGGAAACUAUUCCGGUCGCAGACCUCAUUCCGUGUGAACUCGUGAGCCCUUUGCUUGGUCGGAUUCCCGCUCAGAGUUUUCCCUGCCGACUAAAUGGAAUCAUUGGUAUUCGCGACGUGGACGUGUUCUUUGAGCAUCUCACCAUCUACAGGACGCAACAGGCCGUGGUCUCCGGCUUCCAAGAUCCUGGAGCCACCGCGGUCGUCGAUAUCUACACCUUGGUGAAAACUGAGGCCGCCGCUCCCACGGGAAAGAAUGGCGUGCCCAUUGAAACUCGCGAGGAUUGGAUCUAUGCUAAUAAAUAUUUGGUCGACAAAGGUAUCGCAACCGCCCGACCCGAAGGGAUCGUUCAACACGUGACCUCAUCUGGAUCCCCCUGCCUGAAAAGCGUCCUCCUCAUGAAAGACAUCCCGCUGGACGAGAAUACGACCAAGUACCAUUCAAAGUGUCUCGUGGUGGGACAACGCAUGCGAUUUUAUUCCACGUGCCGAAUCGAAGUUGAAGACGGGCAGAGAUACGCGUACGUCUCGAUUAAGAAGAUGGCACCAAGGAAGAAAAUCAUGCCCGAUAUUCCCAACACGAUUAGCGAAGAGGACGCCGAAGUCACGGAUGACGAUAGUGGCGGUGAAUUCGAUCCGGCCAAGUAUAAUGAAGAAGAGUGAAGUGAAGUGAUGUUUCGAGGUCCAAUUUACGAGUUACGCAGUCCUUGGUAACUUUGUAAAAUUCGUAAAGUUUGUGGAAUAAUUUUACAAACUUUUACGAAAUAAAAAGACGCCCAUGAUUUGAGCAAGGUUACAAAUCUAAUAGAUAAGCUAAUUUUCUUCAGAAAUAUUUGUAAAAGUUUACAGAAUUUACGGAUUUUACAGUGUUACCAAGGCCUGCGUGAAUUGUCUCAAUUGUUUGUUUUUUUUACAAAUUUUCGAAAUUAUUUGAGCUAAAUAAUUACCAAUUUUGUGUACAAAAUGCUGUCUUUAUAAUUUUCAGGUCCAAAAUUCUGGUUCAGUUUUUUUAAAUUAUGUUUCUUUUUGAGUUAUGCAAAAUUAAAGGUUUUAAAAUGUGGGAUUAAUUUGAGGUGAUGGGUUAGUUAGAGGUCAAAGCUGUUACUUUACGGUGUAGGGUCGAAGGUUAUGGUUUGCAUUUAGUAUUUAAUUUGCCUUUUGUUUGUUACGUUAUCCAAUUUUGUUUCUGUUUUUUUAUACUUAAGAUUGUUUAUUCUGAUAUUUUUUAAUUUGAAAAAUAUGUAUUUCAAAUAAUUUACUAUUUGUGUUCCGGUGCUGGUUUAACUUCCGGUUUUUCACAGUGUUCACUGAUUUAUUUAUUGAAGAGGAUUUAUAGUAUAAUUUCACUUUGUUAUUAACAAUUCUUGUUAAAUUUUAUACCUAUGUAAAAUACAUAAAAUAUUGUAUUGACAAAGAUUUGGUAAAACUUAUAUUAUACGAAAUUUAGCAAAAAGCAAAAA